CUGUCCUUUCUUUCUCGCUGUUGCUGAAGCUGCCCUAGAUCGAGCUUCGAUUGUCUGAGCAAUUCAUCGUCUUCCUUGUUCCCCAAUCGAUAAGAUUAUUAUCUCUUCACUGACAACUUCUGAGGAUUCCAUUUCUUUAAUUCCUUCUCUUUGGAUUGCUCAGCACUUUAGGGCGCUUUUUUCUGUUCUAGAAGAUUCAUCAUGCCGAAGGAGAGAAGAGAUCGUUCUGCAUCUCAUGAUAGGUAUAGAGCAUCUCCAUUCAGUUGCAGCUCGAGUCACGCUAGACGAUCUUCACCUAAACUACCCUUGGGAAGUGAGGAUAAUUUGAGAGAGUGGGAAGAAGUCAGAUGCCCUGUGUGCAUGGAGCAUCCUCAUAAUGCAGUUUUACUCAUAUGUUCAUCCCAUGAAAAGGGUUGCCGUCCUUACAUGUGUGAUACUAGUCGACGCCACUCAAAUUGUCUAGAUCAAUUCUGCAAGUUGUUUUCAGAAACUUCAAGUAUAAUGCCAGUGCAGGAAGAAGUGGAGCUCCCAACGGUAAACUCUUCGCUCCCAACAGUAAACUCUUCGCCGACAUUGGAAUCUGAGCCCGUGGUUGAUGAUACACCAGAUGAACAGACUGAGGGGAUUCAGCUUCCUGUGCACCCUUCAUCUUGUGAAAAUCAGAUGCAACCAAAGUUGGUAUGCCCUUUGUGCCGAGGGAGGAUAAAAAAGUGGGUUGUUGACGAGCAUGCUCGUCAGUUCAUGAAUGCAAAACCCAGAAGUUGUUCCUGUGAGACAUGUAACUUCAGUGGACCCUAUACAGAUCUUAGGAAGCACGCAAGGAAGGAGCAUCCUCUUGUGCGUCCAUCAGAAGUAGACCCUGAACGACAGCAUAACUGGCGACGACUCGAGCGGCAGAGGGACUUGGGAGACCUUCUGAGCACACUACAAUCAUCAUUUGGAGAGGAUAGGGUUGAUGAUAGUAUUUUACCCAUUGAUGAUGGUGGUUGGCUCACAGUUUUCUUCCUUAUUCGAGUUUUUAGACCUGAAUCCAGUAGAAGAAGCAGCAGUUGGUCUAAUGUAUCUAGAGCUAGAGGCCAACCAAGUUUUAGGAGGAGAACAACCAGACUAUGGGGUGAGAGUUAUGAUGGAGAAAUAGGCUCAUCUUCCAGAGAUGAAGAUAAUGACACUUCAGAUGAUGGAUCAGGCCCGUUGAGGCGCCAUGAGCGCGUACAGAGACAGACAACUCCAGAUAAUGCACCUUGAUACUGAUGUAUGUGGUUUUCUUUUGAUUCUCAUGCUUUGAGGAUGGUUGAGUAAACAGAUUUUCUCAAUCUGCGUGUGGCAGCAGGUAGUAAUUGGUUACUGCUUCUGUUGCCCUUUUGUUCUUUCAAACGGAAAGAAAGAUGGAGGCUGUUCCUUGCUGCCUUUAUCAUGUGUUCCAUUGAUUCUGGAUCAAUUCUGGUUCGAAUCUUGUAAUUUACUGGACCUCGAGUCUUUAAAUGUCUUUCUUUGGCAGCCCUCGUACUCUCUACAUAUGUUGCUGCACUUUCAACUUAGUUUCUCUCUCUCUCUAUAUAUAUAUAUUCCUCUUU